CAGUCUUUGGAUAUGCAUCAACUAUCAGCAGAGGAGCCAGUCGCCCCGGAUUCAACCCUGAACCCCUCCCCUUCUCAUCCUCCCUCCUCCUCACCAUCCCCUUCUCCCCCUCCACUGUCUCUCUCCCCCUCUUCUCCUCUUUCCUGUGGUGUGUUCCAGUGCCUGGUGUGUUCCAGUUUCUCCUCUGACAGUGUGGAGUCUCUUAUGUCUCACCUGAGCACCCCCUGCUCCCUGCCCCAGUCUGAGUGGCGCUCUCUGGUGGCUGGAGGCUGCUAUUGCAGGCUGUGUGGCUACAGCACCCCCCUCAGUGCUAACUUCACCCUGCACUGCCAGACAGACAGACACAGGGCCCAGUACCAGCUGGCUUCCCACCUCUGGGAGAAGGGGGAGGCCGGGGACAGGGAGGAAUUUGGGAAGUUGGUUGCUACAGGCAACCCAGUCCAGCUGAAGUGUAACUUGUGUGACUUCCAGACCACCAGCUUGGAGAAACUGAAAAUACACAGCAUCAACCCCCAACACCAGGCCAGCCUCAGGGUCUACAGGUUCUUACAGCAGUACGACAGUGCAGUAGAUGGAGGGUCCUGGUUGUUCCACUGUGUCCUGUGUAACUACUCCUCCUGUUCUAAACUCCACCUAUUGAGACAUACCCACUCCCCUGGUCAUCAGAAGAGGGAACUUCACUACUUGCAGUUAGUGAGAGGGAAGAGCCUGGAGGAAGGGGAGGGGCUAGCGGCUACUUUCACCAUUAGGAAGUGUCCCAGUCCUGAGACAGGUGGAAGCAUUGAGGAGGAGGGGGAGAGGAGAGAUUCCCUUUCUCCAGCCAAGCGAUCGUUCUCUGGGCUGGAGGAGACACAGAGCCCCCUCUCUCCCAAACGCCCCAGAACAGACCAGCGCUCUACUCACCAACAGGCUACUGGCAAGUGCCCACUGUGCCAGGACACACUGGUAUACACACACCUGAGACGCCACCUCAUACUCACACACAGUGUGGUCCAGGACUGUGUGGACAAGCUCAUGAGUGUGGUGGCAGUGGAGCUGCCAGAGAUUCUGCAGAAAGAGACACUGCAGAUGGAGUCCCACUCAAAUAUAAAGGAAUCUCAAACAAACGAUUGCAACACAAACAGCUCUUACACGAAGGAAUCCCUCACAAACGAGUCUCAAACAAACGAUUGCAACACAAACAGCUCUUACACGAAGGAAUCCCUCACAAACGAGUCUCAAACAAACGAUUGCAACACAAACAGCUCUUACACGAAGGAAUCCCUCACAAACGAGUCUCAAACAAACGAUUGCAACACAAACAGCUCUUACACGAAGGAAUCCCUCACAAACGAGUCUCAAACAAACGACUACCAUACAAAAACAGAAAAAGUAAUCACAGCCAAAGAUGUCCCUGCUCUUCUGACCCCUCCCUGUGAGGACCAGCACCCAGCAGAGGACAACACCUCUCACCUCCUUGAGUCCCCCAGCUCUCCCCCUUCCCCACCCACUCUUUCCUCUCUCUCCCCCAGCAACCUCCCUUCAUCCACCCUACCCCUGUCUCCUCCCAGUGAUGCCCCUCCCCCCUCUGAUUGUCAUGGUUACAGGUUUCGCUGCGGCAGGUGCAGUCUAGCGGUCCUAAGGCAGAACCACGCCAUGAGGGCGGCGACAGAGUGCCACCUCUGCCCCAGACGGUGCCGCAGCCAAGAGGCCCUGCAGAGACACCUGCUCAACACACACCUACAGGACCUACACCUACAGGGUACAUACCCUGACCAGAGUGGAGCACACAUCCAACAACCAAUCAGCCUGGAGGGGGAGGAAGAGGAGGGGGAAAGUAUGAGUGAAGAAGAGACAGAUAAGAAAGAGGAAGAUGAUGAGGAGAGGGAGGGAGAGCAGGGAAAGGGAGAUGAAGGAGAGGAUGAAAAGGAUGACCCAGAUGAGUUGGAGGAGAGGCCCAGUUCAGGGGUUGGUGACAGUGACCAGGGUUCAAGGCAGCAGGAGGAGAAGGAGGCAGGGUCAGAACCCAACCCCUUCAGCAAGGGCUCCAACCCCACUCUGGAGCGGUUUUUGGACCCGGCUCAGCCCUACAAGUGUUCCUUCUGCUGUGAGUCCUUCACUCAGAGAUCCAUCCUGCCGGUCCUCUAUAACUCUCUGUCCCACCGAGCCAGAGCCAGAUGGGUCCUGCAGGACUCCAGACCCAGUUCCCCUGACACCCGCUGCAGCCCGGACACAAGUUCCUACCACUGCAGAAUGUGUCGGGUGGCUUACAGCCAGAGUUCCGCCCUGGACAUUCACCUCCGCUCUGUACUGCACCAGACACGAGCCCGUGGAGCUCGGACCCAGCUAUCACUGAAACCCCACACCCUCCAAACCCUAGUUCCAGCCUUGGUUCAGACCACUGCCUCCAGCCGUUCACCAGGGGGAGGAAAGGUAUCUACCAGGGGAACCCCCCCAACAGCCACCAGAUCAGCCCCUUCCUCCCCAAGUCCCUGUUCCUCCCUCAGUGAAGCCCAGCUGAGUGUGGGUGUCUCUGGGAAGGCUGAGGGCCACCAGGCUAAGAGGCAGAGAGUAGAGGACCUGACAGCAUCUGGAGGACAGCAGGACCUAACGUUACUCCAACAGCAGUUAGCCCAGGCCCAGAUGCUACAACAGCAACAUAAGUUAGCCCAGGCCCAUAUACAGGAACACACAGUCCUCCUCCAGCCCCAGCUCUUUAGUCCAACACUGCUCCCGCACCUCCCUUUACUGCAGCAGAACCUCUUAAAGCAGUUCCUCCCUUCAGCAGCAGAGAGUCUCCAACAGAGGAACCUCCUCUCUCCACUCCAGUUCUCCCCAGACAGCCUGUUUUCUCUACAGCAGCAGAUGCUCCAGUCCUUCUACCUCUCUGGAGAUCUGCAGCUCAACCCUAACAUGAACAUUAGUCAGAUCACCUCAGCCCUCUCCCUCCAGACCAUCGCUGCCCUCUCCUCUCAGACAAAUGUGCUUAAACAUCCCUCUCCAAAGCUGGUGACAACUAGCAUCCAGUCUCCAGCCCAGCCCCCGAAAUGUGAGACCCAGGCUGAGACAGCUGACAGUGACUCCCCCCUUCACCAGAUGGAGAAAGAGUCAAAUCCAUCCUCAUCUCCUGAGGGAGGUGGAGAGAUGCAGGAGAGUGAGAAGAGGGAUGGAGCAGAGGCCCUCAGAGUUCUGCUGGAGAGAUAUGGCUGGGAGCUGGCCCUGCAAUCCAAUCAGAGCAGACAGAGACAGCAGAUGACCACUCCGGUAGUGUUGGAGACGUUCUCCAGACAGUAUGACUGCCUCUACCCCCUCACACCCUUCCCAGUGGGGGACAACGAUAAUACUGUUGUUGCACAUCUAACCCCAGCCACAGCACUUGUACUUGCACCCUUACCCCCAGCACCAGUCUCAGAUUCAAUCUUUGACCAAGCCCAAUCCCUCUCCCAAGCCUCCAUAGGUCCAGAUCAAGCUGUACCCACCACACCGGCAUCUGUACCUGUAAACUUGUCCACAGACCAAGCCCCAGUUAAUUCCUUCUGCCCAGCCCAAGCCUCACCAACACCCUCUCCUCCUUCACCCUCUUCCCAAACACAACCACUUCCAGAGCAGCAGCAGGACACUACAACAUUGACAACCACCCCUGUCCCCUCUCCAACUAUCAUACCCCAGUCCAAUCUCUCCAUGCAUUUCCCCUUAUCCCAACUCCCCCUGCCCCCUCUUCCUUUACCAAGCCUCCCCACUCUUCCCUUCCCCAUAGACCUCUCUCUCCUCCCCAUUGGUCUAAUGCAGCCCAUAGUACUCCAGUCUAUGCUUCAGUACCAGUCCCUGUUAUCAUCUGGCCACCAACCACCCCUAUCCCUAUUCACCAACGCUCACUCCACCCACAAACCAUCUCUACCCUCAUACACUAACACACACUGUGCUCCAAGCCCAUCUCUAACCUCAUACACUAACACACACUGUGCUCCUAGUCCAUCUCUAACCUCAUACACGAACACACACUGUGCUCCUAGCCCAUCUCUAACCUCAUACACGAACACACACUGUGCUCCAAGCCCAUCUCUACCCUCAUACACGAACACACACCGUGCUCCUAGCCCAUCUCUAACCUCAUACACAAACACACACUGUGCUCCAAGCCCAUCUCUACCCUCAUACACGAACACACACUGUGCUCCUAGCCCAUCUCUAACCUCAUACACGAACACACGCUGUGCUCCUAGCCCAUCUCUAACCUCAUACACGAACACACACUGUGCUCCAAGCCCAUCUCUAACCUCAUACACGAACACACACUGUGCUCCUAGCCCAUCUCUAACCUCAUACACGAACACACACUGUGCUCCUAGCCCAUCUCUAACCUCAUACAUGAACACACACUGUGCUCCUAGUCCAUCUCUAACCUCAUACACGAACACACACUGUGCUCCUAGCCCAUCUCUAACCUCAUACAUGAACACACACUGUGCUCCUAGCCCAUCUCUAACCUCAUACACGAACACACACUGUGCUCCUAGCCCAUCUCUAACCUCAUACAUGAACACACGCUGUGCUCCAAGCCCAUCUCUACCCUCAUACACGAACACACACUGUGCUCCAAGCCCAUCCCUGCCCUUUCUGAAGCGUAGGCUGGAGGAAGGGACAGCGGUAACGCCUAUGAGGGAUGUGAUGGACGGUGAGAGAGAGGAAGAGGGAGUUAGAGAGGGUGAUGAGCAGAGGAGGGAUAGGCGCCAGAGGACCACCAUCAGUUCGGAGCAGCUAGCGGUUCUGUACCAGCGCUACAGUCUGAACUCCAACCCAACCCGCUCUGUACUGGAGGGCAUCACCAAGGACACAGGCCUGAAGAAACGUGUAGUGCAGGUAUGGUUCCAGAACACCAGGGCUCGUCAGAGGAAGGGCCAGCUCCAGACCCUGGGGAGAGGAGGAGGUCUGGGUGAGAACCACAGGCGCUGUCCGUUCUGCAGGGCUCUCUUCAAGGCUCAGAAUGCCCUGGACGCCCAUGUCAGGGCCCACCACUGUUCACAGAAUGACAGAGCUGCCUAUGGCUCAUUUAAUCAGAUGGGUCCUGCAGAUGACUCCAGCUUCUCUCACAACCAUUGAUCCUACAGAGACAGAGAGGGUCACUUUCUCUCCAUCCAGCCUUUUCCCUCUCUCUCCCAGCAUCCUCCUCUCUCUCCCUCUCUCCAUCCCUCCCCAAGCCCGUUUCAUCCCUCCCCAAGCCCAUGGGGCGUCCCCACUGAGAGAAAAUACAUUUCUGGGAAAACCGAUUUGUCCUUUGACCUGAACAAACCCCAAAUUGAAGAGGAGGAGAAAGAAAAGAAAGAACAUCUGUCAGUAAAAAAAAUCCCUUUGUCUGACCAGGCUCAUGAGGGUAACUGUAGCAAUCUGUUGUCUCUGGGAUACAAUUAUGGAAUGGCGAGCUUCAACGUUCAAGACUGUGACCAGAACACCAGUCCAAAUCUGUCUGAGUGUGGAUAGGCAUGUACCGAGACAGCAGCAGAGGCCGCGUACCCAGAUGACCCACCAGGAGGUUGCCCAACUCCGUCUGCUACAGGGAGCAACCCGGCCCCCUGCGGUGUGAGGGCCUGGCAUGCAGGGUAGUGCAGGUGUGGUUUCAGAAUAACCGGGCCAAAGAGAAGAGGGCCAGGAGCCUUAGAGUCGACCCAACCACAGGAUAUAGAGAGACUGCAGAGGACAGGGGAGAGAACACACAGCCAUGAACCAAGUGCACGUCAGUCACAACAAUGAACCAACCACAGACACAGCCAUGAACCAACCUCACAAAGAGCGAUGAACCAACCACACACACAGCCAUGAACCAACCACAUGCCCAAGAAGCCAAAGAGCAUUCUACCAGUGUACCUCAUCCCCUCCUCAGCCCAAAAACAUCACAGGGCAUACCUCCUAGAGGCAUACCUCCCUCUCUCCUCUCCUGUCCUUUCUUCCAACUGAUACCUCAGGAGUUAACCCCUCCAUGCCAACAGAUGUCCCUGCCGAGACCAUAUCAUCUGGACAAUCAGGAAAUGGUAUGUCAUCUUCCCACUUCUGUUUAAAGACUUUACUAGUGUUGUAGUUCUGUUGCAAGUACGAACAGAUUCUAUCAAGAUAGUCUAAGACGUUUGGUGUAUAGAAAGACGUUUGGUGUAUAGAAUGUUCUUUCAAAGUAAAAGAACUGAAAGAAACAAAAGCCGCUACGGAAAACAAAAAUAAAGAAUAUUCUUCACAAGGAGCUUCUGCAAAGACUGGUUUGGAUUCCAAAGCUUGUAACCAAAACCUUACAUGUCCUUGGAUUGUGUUGUCAACAUGGUGGUUUUCAUUUCCUGAACUGCAGUACAGACCAUACAGUGAAGGGUAGAUCUGAGACCGGUGUAGUACCAGGUGUGCGGCAAAAGACUGACUGGCCUAUGUGGUGUCGAAGCAGACCUCAACCUUCUCAAGCCAAUGGUGACUCUAUUGCACAUGUAAAUGUUCCUUAUGUGGAUAAUAGGCCAAAUAGCACUGAGAUAAGUCCACUUUGUCCUUUAAGAGAGACGUCAUAUAAGAAGCUAUUUUGAUCAUGUCCAACCAAUAUAUGUCACAACCACUCCAACCAAACACUACACAACAUUGUUUAGUAAAUGUUCAUGAAUAUGAAUAUUAUGGAUUGACGGUUGUUGUUAUGCUUUGAUAAGACAAGUGUUAUUUUGUGGUUUAUGAGAACAUAAUGUAUGUGUUAUGAUGUGGAGUUUAGGUAAGAUGUUACCACGCACUCUAACCAUCUCUCUCUCUGUGUAUGACGUCUUCUUACUCUCUCUCUGCAUUAAUAUUACUGUAGUAAUUAUGUAGUAAUAUAUAAUGCUUUAAAACACAACCCAAAGACAUAAUAGCAUUGUAAUCAUUGGUGCAUAAAGCCCACAAAAACAACUUGAUACUGUAUCAUUGAAUGAUGGAAAGAAGAGAGACUGUAUAAGAACUGCUGUAUAACAACUGCUGUAUCUGCCUCUUCACCAGGCCACUGGUGACUGUAUACUGAAAUCUCCAUGCAAACUACUGCUGUACUAGGAUGGAGUAUCACUUCUCAAAGCCAAACUCCCCAGGCCCUAGUGCACUGGGUAGAAGAGUACUCAGUAGGGAACCAAACCCCAGUCCCUAGUGUACUUAGUAGAAGUACUCUACUCAGUAGGGAACCAAACCCCAGCCCCUAGUGUACUUAGUAGAAGUACUCUACUCAGUAAGGAACCAAACCCCAGCCCCUAGUGUACUUAGUAGAAGUACUCUACUCAGUAGGGAACCAAACCCCAGCCCCUAGUGUACUUAGUAGAAUAGUACUCAGUAGGGAACCAAACCCCAGCCCCUAGUGAACUUAGUAGAAUAGUACUCAGUAGGGAACCAAACCCCAGU